GCCGUAAUCCCACGGGUUUGGAGCCGACUGAGCAUGUCUCUUUGGUGUGUGUGCUGCAUGAAGUCUACCUCUGGAUGCGAUAUGGACUGGUUCGAGGUAGAUGAUGUCCAGUAUUAUCAAGUCCUGGGUGCUCCAGGCAGGACUUAUCCCACCGUCCGGCCUCAACAACUCAUCAGCUCAGCCGCUGAACGGCAUGGAACUCCAGGGACAUAUAUGGGCAACCCUUCACUGCUCGCCAUGAGGCCAGAAGAAAUCGGAUGAGUGCAACAUGACCAAUGUAAUUUCAG